UCAAGCGGGUGUGCGUCUAUUGAGCAGCCUACUUUCAAUCACACAAACAGAGGAACUUUUGGUAUUACAGGGAAUCUCAGUACAGUGAGCAGUGAUGGCCUUAGCCGACACAAUGCUACCAUCAAUAAUUGCUUUUGGAAACCAAACACGGGAGAAGCAGACAACUCAGCUUUGGAAAGGGGGUCAGACUGAAACCAGUGUGGGAGAUGCCAUGAAACCUCUCAUCGAAGUAGAGUUCAGCAUCGUGGAGGCUCCUCCGCUGCAUAAAGAGGAGGACGACCUGUCGAAGUUUUUGGAUUUAGAGUUUAUCCUGUCCAACACAGUCGGGGAUAAUUCAGCCUGUCAAUCUACGUAUCCACUGCCAGAGUCACCGGAGAGCUGUAGCACAGUGUAUGAGAGCGAUAGUUCUCAUCAAACACCAAACCCCUACGGUAACAGCAGUUUCAGCUCAAGUCCCGGUCACAGUCUGGUUGCGGAGUUGCUGACCCCUGAUAUGGGUUAUCAAGGCGAUGCACAACAAGACUACAGACUACCUGAGCGCCGAGAAUACACAGAACUUGGCGUGCCAAACGCGGAGAGCCAGUUGCAAAUGGCCGUUGGUUCCGCAAAUCACACGGGAUACAAAAUUAAAACCGAAAGUCAUGAACAGUCGUGCAUGAUGCCAACGGACUUCAUGGGACACGGGUACGAACAAAAGUCCCCACGGCCCAUGCACAAUGGACUCAUGCAGCAACAGGCGUGCGCGCAGGGUUUUGCACCUCAGAUCAUUCACCAUGGGUUGCCCCGAGAUGGGAUGGCGCGUAAAGACUGUCACCUGGCGGAGAUUAGCGCACACUCUCACUUGAUGCGCUCACAGCAAUACAUGGCACCUGCGCCAUACCCGCCACAGUAUGCUCAGCACCCUGGGGCGCAGCAGUACCACGGAGAACCAUUCGGUAUGUUCAGGGAAAUGCGCGUCCAUCACCCGGGUAUGCAAGGACCGGUGUUGACGCCACCAUCCUCACCACUUCUGGAAUUCUUCACUGCCGAAGACACGAAGCCAAAGCGAGGUCGCAGAUCUUGGGCGAGGAAGCGCACGGCGACGCACAGCUGUGAAUAUCCUGGCUGUGGGAAAACGUACACAAAGAGCUCCCAUCUGAAAGCUCAUUUACGAACACAUACAGGUGAAAAACCUUAUCACUGCAGUUGGGAAGGAUGUGGGUGGAAAUUCGCAAGGUCCGACGAGCUCACCCGUCAUUACAGAAAGCACACUGGACACAGGCCUUUCCAGUGCCACCUCUGCGAGAGGGCCUUCUCCAGGUCCGAUCACCUGGCUCUGCACAUGAAGAGGCACAUGUAAAAAAAAAAAUGUAUUGUUGCAAUUUUACGCAAUGUGUUAUUUCUUAUUUGUAAAUACUGGAAUUUGUAUUCGCUUAGAUUGUAUUUAAGAACAUUAUAGUAUAGCUGUAUUUUUGUAUAGUUGUAUUUAAGAAAGACGAGAUGCCAAAUCUGCAUCUUUUGUAAAUUAUUUUCUUUAGACCUGGAGUGAUAUGAAAUUUAUCCGGGCAGGACCCAACCCAUAUUUUUGUACAAUAUAGGUCUAUGCACUGGGUUAGUUUUGCUGUGUGCUUUUUAUACUGUUGUAUUUUUGUAAUAUCUCUCACAUGUCAGUGUGUCAGGGGUUUUGUACUGAAGCAGUAGACUGCCAAAGGAUUUCAUUUCCAAAUAGUCAUCCUGCUGUAGAUGACAAUCACUUGGUCCUAAUUAUUUUGGAGAAAGGGUACUAUCCAAACGGCCUUACACUGAAGUGCUUACAGUUUCUGUCAUCGUGUGAAUGUCAUGGUGAUUAAACUAUGCAUAUAUGCUUGUAAUAUAUUAUCUGCGUACUUGAACAUUUCUGUAAAUACUGUUUUCAAUGUCCAAAGAUCGGUCAUGGUCUGAUGUUAAAGAACGUAUUGUUACACAUUCAAAACAAAAUAAAACUGUCAAAAAUGGAUAUAUGUGUUUUAGUAGGC